AUGCAAGACCAGUUGCAGGCGCAAAUGAAAGAGCAAAUAGAAAAGAUUCAGCGUGACAUGGUGCAAAAGAUGGAGGAGUCCCAAAAUGAUCUGGUGGCUAAGAUGACGCAAUUAUUGAAGGGAGUAGAUAAGGGUAAAGGUCCUGUGAUUGUUAGUGAAGAAGAAAACAAUGGUGAACCACUUUAUCCUCCAGGUUUCACGCCUCCGCAUGCCCCGAAUAAUAUUGCUGUCCCAGAUCUUGAUGAGAUGGUUGAAAAGGACAAGGCGAAGGAGGAAUUUCCAAAACAAUUUGAGGAGAAAUGGAAAUGGAUAGAAGAGAAGUUUAGGGUAAUAGAAAGCAUCGAAAGCUAUCAUGGAAUAGAUGCAAAAGAUCUGAGCUUGGUUCCGGACUUGGAAAGUCUUACGGGAGCUGCGUCAAAGUGGUACAAUCAGCUGAGCCGAGCUAAAAUUGCUACUUGGAGGGAUUUAGCACAGGCUUUCCUGAGACAAUACAAUCAUGUCUCAGAAAUGAUGCCUGACAGGAUAACUCUGCAAAAUUUAGAGAAGAAAUCGAACGAAAGCUUCAGACAAUAUGCGCAGAGGUGGCGAGAGGUGGCGAUUCAGGUGCAACCACCGCUUUUGGAAAAAGAGAUGACGACGCUUUUUAUUAAUACUUUGAAAGCCCCUGGAAAAAUAGAUGGAGGAGAAAAUAAUAGGAGGGCACCCCCGAGGAAAAGAGAAAAUGAAGUGAAUAAUGUGAAUGCUUAUGGUAGGUCAAUUACCGUGAAUCAACCAAAGAAAGUGGUUGCUAAUCAACAGGGAUCAUCAAGACAAGAGUCGGGAGCUAGGCAAACUACUGAAAAGCCCCAAUUCAUGCCAAUCCCGAUGUCAUACAAGGAGUUGUAUCAGACUUUAUUCGAUGCACAUGUUGUUGCUCCUCGUUACUUGAGUCCUCUACAACCCCCGUAUCCAAAAUGGUAUGAUACGAACACGCAAUGUGAUUAUCAUGCGGGAAUUUCUGGGCACUCGAUAGAAAAUUGUACUGCUUUCAAGAAGGUAGUAGAAGGACUUAUCAAAUUAGGUGUUGUCAAACUUCUCGACUCACCUAACGCAAAGAAUCUGUUACCUAAUCAUGCAGAUAAGGGGGUGAAUAUGGUUAGCGAAGGUACGGGAGAAGAAGUCAAGACUGACAUUGCUGAAGUAAAAACUCCAUUGAAACGGGUCUGGAAAGAAAUGGCAAAAAGAGGGUUGGUUAUUUCAGAUUCUGAGGAAGGGCAUGAGAUGGGAAAUUAUUGUGAAUUUCACUAUAAAACAGGGCAUGUAAUCCAAGAAUGUGAAGGAUUCAAGGCUUUGGUUCAAAGUAUGAUGGAUAACAAUGAGAUGAGGUUUUAUGAAGAUGCGAAAGAAAUGAGGAGUAUAUACGCGACAGAGUUGGGAACAAAGGCUCCAAAAAUAAAUCAUCCUGUGGUCAUUAUUUCACGCCCUAAGGGUAAUGAGGUUAGGGCUCAGGUAACACCGAAAAUUGUAAUCCAGAAACCAUCAAAUUUCUCUUAUAGGGAUAACAAAAUGGUGCCGUGGAAUUACGGGUGUAAUGUGACCAUUUUGGGAAAAGAAGCAGAAAGAAAUCAGGAAAUAGGUUCUUACACGCGCAAUGGAAAAAGAUAUGACGCUCAAGCAGAGUCGUCCAGGGAAGAGGAUUGGAAGAAAGAACAGAGGAAAGGGAAAGCAGUAGAAGUUGAGCCAUUGGUAAAUGAACCAAUAAAAGAAGAGGAGGCAAAGGAGUUUUUGAAGUUUUUGAAACACAGUGAAUACAGUGUUGUGGAGCAACUGCACAAACAGCCAGCCCGCAUUUCUGUAUUAGCUUUACUCUUAAACUCAGAAGUACAUCAGAAUGUACUUUUAAAGGUGCUAAACGAAACAUAUGUGGCUGACGAUAUUUCGGUAAACAAGCUGGAUCGGUUGAUCAACAAUAUUGGUGCUGACAAUUUUAUCUUCUUCAAUGAUGAUGAAAUACCAUCCGGAGGAAGAGGUUCUACUAAAGCCCUGCAUGUUACUGUCCGAUGCAAAGGGUACACACUCUGGGGCCUUGGUUGA